AGUUCAAGUAAAUGGGACCCUACCAAGAUCCUACCAAGGUUAUGACCAAGCCUCCAGAAUUCCUACUGGAGGAAUCCCACUGGGACAUGGGAAAAUAAAUGAUGAAGUCCUUUCUCGUCUGCGGCCUUUUACUCAGGCUAAAUCUCCUCCAAAUGUGCAAAUGGAAGACAUCCCACCCAAACGCUCACAAGGAAACAAUCGAACCCCACCUCCUCAUCUUCAAGGUUGUCCUACAAUUCUGGCCAUGGAUGAAAUCCAGAAGGCGGUAAGGAGACAAAAGACCGAGACAAAGCAUAAUCUGGGUUCACCGCUGGCUCGUAAUGAGGACCGAGUUAGGAAGAAGCAGCCAGAGCGGACGAAAGAGGAACUUCACAUCCGUCCUCUCGCUUCCGGUGGGAAGCUAAUCCAGUUGGCUCCAACAAGCACAAGCGUCACCCCGAGAUCACCGGCGAUAAAAAGCAGGACCGGUGUUAAAAAAAGCAAGGCACCUUUACCUCCUCGGCAGAUGGAACCAACCUCGCGUUCGAGGACGUGAAACGACGAAAUUACAUCUUUCGAAUGAAGAAGGCAGAA